GAUGUUGAAGAUGAGAGGAUGAUGAUGAGAGGGAGAGAAGAGAGGGAAAAGAGAGAAGGAAGGAGUGAUCAAAGUGAGCUGAAUGAUGCACAGAGGUCGGGGAGAGGGAAGAUGCAGAGUUGGCGUGGCCACACAAGUCUGUCCAGAAGCCUUGAUAUGGGUUAGAAAGACCGUAUAGAAGUGUGUUUCAUUGAUAACAUCCGUCACUGCGGUGGAUCAUGUUUCAUUGGCAUCACAGCACUCACGGCUCACGGUCUUUAUCUCCCUGUUCACAUCUCCUUAUCUGCAUCUCGCUCUCUGCGUCUCCCUCACUGUGUCUUCCUCUCCGUGUCUCGCAGAAAUGCUACGAGAAGACCCAGUACAGGCUUGGUCUUAAGUUAUGCAACCAGAUCCUGGCGAACCCACAGCUCGCUGAGCACGGAGAGACGCUGGCUCUCAAAGCGCUGGCGCUCAGCAAGCUGGGCCGGCGUGACGAGGCUCGCGAGUGCGUCCGCCGGGGCCUCCGCAACAACCUGGAGAGUCAUGUGUGCUGGCGCGUAUAUGGCUCACUGCAGCGUGCCGACGGGCACUACAUGGAGGCGGCCGCCUGCGUGCGAAGGGCGCUGGGCGGGUGUGGCCGGGAGGGCGAAACGCGGCUCCUCGAGGAGCUCGCCACCCUGCAGCUGCUCGCCUCCGACCUGGCCGGGUUCAGGGAGUCUCAGGCGCGGCUCCUGCACUCGCUGCCCUCGGUGCCCGCGCCAUGGCUGGGCUACGCUGUUGCAUGCCACCUGUUGGGGGAGCCGGCGGAGGCUCUGCAGGCACUACAGGAUCUGCUCACGAGACACCCGGUGAUGGGUGACGCACGAGGCAAUCAGCACAGCGAGCUCAUGCUGUACCAGGCGGAGCUGAUGGCUGAGGCCGGCAUGCGGAGGGAAGCUCUCGCGCACCUCGCCCAGCACAGCGAGCAAAUCUGCGACAAGCAGGCGCUGGACGAACACAGAGGGGAGCUGCUGUUGGCUCUGGGAUGUUUCGAAGAGGCGGCCGAGCUGUUCCACGGCCUCGUGAUGAGGAAUCCCGAGAACUGGACCUACUACCAGAGGUUGGAGCAGGCCACGCGCGCGGAGUCGGAGGAAGAUCGGUGGAAAAUCUAUCAACAUGUCAUGAAGAUACACCCAAGUGCCAGUGCUCCUCAAAGGCUUCCCCUUCAUUUCCUCACCGGAACGCGCUUUCGAGACUCGAUGGACCGAUACCUGCGCCAGCAUCUGAGCGUCUGCUGCCCGCCGCUCUUCACCACCAUCAAGGGGCUUUACAGGGACCCCGACAAGGUGCUUGCCAUCGAGGAGCUUGCGGUGGCGUAUGAGACAUCGCUGGAAAACUACGGCCUCUUUCACCGUGACGACGACGGCGAGCCGCAGCACGAGCCCACCCUGCUGUGGGUGCGCUUCCUGCUGGCUCAGCACUACGACUUGGUGGGACAGUCGGGCCUGGCGUUCGACUACAUCGACGGCUGCCUCGCAGUCUUCCCGUGCUCCCCGGAGUUGCUCGUUGCCAAGGCCAGCAUCUACAAGCACGCCGGGGACGCCGUGGCGGCAGCCGAGUGCCUGAGACAGGCCCUGGGCCUGGAGCCGGGUGACCGCUUCCUGCAGGUGAAGCGCAUCAAGUACCUACUGCGCGCGGGGCUCGUCACGCAGGCACUGCUGGAGAGCGGCUUCGUGCAGGAGAGCCCCGGGGAGCCGCAGCCCCUGUGGUUCCUACUGGCGUUGGCGGAGGCGUACAGGCGGCAGUGCCGCCACCGUGACGCUCUCCGCGUGUGCCGCCAGGUGGAGAAGCACUUCAACGACGUGGCCGCAUCCCAGCUGGACUUCCACACCUACUGCCUGCGCCGGGCCACGCUGCGCGCAUACGCGGGGAUGCUGCGCACGUCCACCACGCUGCGCGGCCACCCCGCGUCGGUGCGUGCGGCCCGCACGGCCGUGCGCUGCUGCCUUGGCCUUCAUGACCGGCCCUCCACACCCAUCCGGCACGCAGAGGACGGGGGCCGCCAAGCGCGGGAUGUCAGCGGCUCGGCACCGGCUGCCGAGCAGCGCAAGCAGCAGAGCAAGCGGCGCAAGGCGGUAGCACGCAUCCUGCGUGGUGACGGAGGAGGUGGAGGCAGCGCGGGGAGCGGGCCGGACCCUGACGUGCGCGACGGCAAGGAGCUACAUGACUUCAUGGAGGAGCUCGGCGUGCAGGACGCCGACGACCCACUCUCCGAAGCCGUGAGCUUCCUGGCUCCUCUUGAAAACUUUGCAGCGAACGACAUCGCGACGCACCUGCUCGCCUUCGAAAUACAUCUGCGAAGAGGUAAACACCUCCUGAUGCUAUGCUCUGUGAAGCGCGCCGCCACGAUUGACCCCCACGACCCCUGGCUGCACACCUGCCUGGUGCGGCUCUGCACAGUCGCGGAGGGCGUGCUGGGCACGACGGCACCCGUGGCCGAGGUCCUGCGUCAGGAACUGCCCCCCUUGCUCGGCGCCGGCAGCCUGGAGCAGAUGAAUGGGGACUUCCUGCAGCGCAAUGCCACCUCGCUCCGGCACUCCCUCGCCGGAGCACGGAUGCUGUUUUUGCUAGAUAAGGCUCACCAGGAGAAGGCCCUCGCCAUCGCCACCAACCUUGACGAAGCGUUGACGGACAGGAAUGUCGCGACUUGUACAUCUGUGCUGGAGGCCCUGAGAGAUGGCAGCCUGGGCUGCGCGGAGGCUCAGGCAGAGACGUACAGAGCGACGUGCCACAAGCUAUUUCCAUUCGCCAGUGCCUUCCAGCCUUAGUGCGCACCUGGACUUAAACACCCAAAUACCUUUUAUUCAGGUCUUAUUUACGCUUGUUUACCCAGGAUAGCCUCACCGAGUCUCAAGGCUCUUUUGCAGGACGGUCCUGCCAAGUUUUUUGCAGUAAGGGGCCGAUGUUGAUGUGUAAAAUCCCAAUUAUGUAAUUUGCAGGUCAUUUUUCAGCAUUGGCAUGUUUUGUUCACUUCCAGUUACAUUGUGUGGGGGUAUUUUAAGCUAUGGGAGGAAUCAGGAGAACAGGGGGAGAGAACAUACAAACUCCACCUCACUCUCACUCUGCAGAUCAGGAGAACAUCCAAACUCCACUCACACAAAGACAAAGUAUAGCCUCAACAGACUUUUGGGACCACCUAUGAAAGCCAGCACGACACACGAGGGAAUGGCUAGCAUCAUGCCCAGCCACCUGGUACUCAUUUGGGGCUGAGUCGACCUAGAGGAAGCCCAGGAUUAUUUAAGGUAAUCAUCGCUAGUGUUGGCCGUGAGAGGGAAUCAAACACGGGUCGUUGGGUUUGUAGCGCAGCGCGCUCACUCUUGCACACACACUCUGCAGAACAGAUGGAGUACAAACAAACUCUACUUACUAUUCACUCUACAGAACAGGGCGAGAUCAUGCAAGCUCCACUCACUUUUCACUCGACAGAACAGGUGGAGAACGUACAAACGCCACUCACUUAUUCACUCUACCGAAACGGGGGGAGACCAUACAAACUCCACUCACUCAAAUUAGGAAUUGAACCCUGCGCCACAUCCUUGCCACCAAAAAAAAUGUUCUUUAAAGGUUUUUUUUUACGUGACAUUCCAUAUGCACGUCGCAGCCGGAACGUUUGAUUUGUGAUCUGAAGAAGGGCCCAUGGCCUGACACAACACUUAUUAAUAUUAUGUCUUUAUUUUAAGAGCACACAGUGUUGUUGACGAACGUGUCGCGUUGCUUGCUUUGAGAGUGCAUGUUCACGAUGGAGAGAGACAGCUAUAGCGUCCGUGUUACACACAUCUCAGAAAUAUCGAUAUUUUUUCCCAAAUAUUUCCUUGCGAUAAAAUAACUCCUUCGAACCUGGUAGUUUACCAAAUGUACUUGCUGAAUGAAUCAUUCCAAUAAUUCCUGGGUGGCUUUUUGCGAGAGGUUUCAAGAAUUGGCCACGUACAAAUAAAUAUAAUACAAUAUCCUGAUGUGUUGCGUCAUGACCUUUAUCGCACGAUCCCCUUGGUGACGCUGCGUAUCAUAGCAGUACUUGCGGACCCUACUUCUCUGGGCCUCUAUGUGCUAUGAAGAAGGGCCGUCGCCUCUUCGAUACUGCUGUCUUUUCAUGCCCCACUGUUAUCGACA